AAACAAAUGGAGGAACCACCUCGACCAGAACUGUUUGACUUCCAUGGCGUCUCCAUGACAAAAUUCUUCACUGACAACUGGGAAAACGUAAAGAAAUUCAAGGCCAAACCAGACGAUAUUGUCAUAGCCACUUACCCUAAAUCAGGAACCACAUGGGUCUGCUACCUGCUGGAUCGUUUGUACUUUGGAAAGACACAUCCAGAGAAAGAGACAUCUCUCCCUUUAUAUAUGCGAGUACCUUUUCUGGAGCUCUGCAUCCCUGGUCAUCCCAAAGGAAAAGACCUGGCAGACCAGCUCACCAUCACUCCUCGUCUCAUUAAAACUCAUCUACCGGUUCAGCUUGUACCAGAUACAUUUUGGGAGAACAACUGUAGGGCAAUCUACGUAGCUCGUAACCCUAAGGAUGUUGUGGUCUCACAUUUCCACUUUAGCCGCAUGAACAGCAUCCAUCCUGCACCCGGAGACUGGGAUGGCUUUCUGCAAAGAUUUAUGGAGGGGAAAAUGGCGUAUGGAGCUUGGCACGAGCAUGUGGUCGGAUGGUGGGAGAAGAAGCAAACCUAUCCAAAUCUGCAUUAUAUUUUCUAUGAAGACCUGACUGAGAACUUGGGACGUGAGAUCGACAAGUUGUGUAGUUUCCUUGGCCUCUCCCCCUCAGCCGAAGAGAAGGAAAGUAUCAUGGAUGCUGUAAAAUUUGACAACAUGAAAGACAACAAACUGACCAACUUCACCAAUGCCCCUUUAAUGAAUCUGAAGGUGUCUCCUUUCAUGAGAAAAGGGAAAGUUGGUGACUGGAAGAAUCAUUUCACCGUGGCCCAAAGCGAACAGUGUGAUGAGCACUACAAGCGGAAAAUUAGAUCCCCAGGAUUGCAGUUUCGCACUGAAGUUUAA